GCCGAUGUCUGUGACGUUGCAGCCUCCUCCUCCCCUCCUCAGCCGCGCGGAGCUGCACUUCACUAGUUUCUGAGCUUCAUCCGCGCCGAAUGGAGAGCGUCCUAUCGAGCAUUUAAAGCUGCAGGCCUAAGUGCAUGAAGACACUCUGGUCCAAUAAUGGAGGCCUGGCCAACAGUGGCCUGGGUCCUGCUGCUGACCACCAUCACUGACUGGCUGAAAACUGCACAGUCACGGGACUUCUCCAUGAAGGAUAUCAUCCUGCUGCACCCCUCAAGUAGGACUACACCUUACCCUGGCGGAUUCAAGUGCUUCACAUGCCAAGAUGCUGUAGACAACUACGACUGCAACCGUUGGGCCCCGGACGUGUACUGUCCAAAGGAUACUAAAUACUGCUCCACCCUCCACAUGAUGGAUAGAAGUGGGGAAAGUGUGUCUGUGACCAAGCGCUGUGCCAUCAUGGAGGAGUGUCUGUUCACUGGCUGUGCUGACGUUGCCGAUACUGGCUACCAGGUGUGUUCUUCCUGCUGUGAGGGCAACAUCUGCAACGUGUUGGUGCCCAGAAAUGACAGCAGCGCCAUUUUCUCCUCCAUUUCUCCUUUGGUCAGUUUGAGCGGGAGUCUUCAUUCUAGAGCGCUGUGCUACAUCAUCAUCGCCAUCAUUGUUGUCAUCUUCACAGCUGGUCGUGUUUGAGACAUCAUUUAAGAAAGCAUGUACGAAGAGAACAGCUGGUAUGUGUAGCGGCAGAACUGGGACCUGUGUUGGCUGCGUGUUUCAGAAACUGAAGGUUUAAAGACAUUUUUAUAUGUAAGACAACUGAUUCAACUUUGGUUUCCUAUCUCCUUUUCCACUUUUUUAAUAGUCGAUCUGCAUUUCUGUGUUUUCUGUUAUAUUUAUAAUGUUACUUUGUAUAUAGCUCAUAAUAAACAUUGCCAAAGUUUCAAAUAAUGAGGUCAGUGCAUGUACAAGUAAUCUCUGAGUCAAAAGCUCAGGCUUCACAAUGUUCUAAACACUCUGUCUCAUAUAUGUCUUCCACUCCUGGCUCUGCGUGAUGAUGGUGAAUAUUCCUAAUAUGGUAUCUAUUGAAGGUUCUCAGUCAUCCAGAUCAUUAGACUUAAAUAAUAAUAAUGAGAGAAGACAUCUGGACUUUUAAAACCUAAAGAAGUCCAGUUGCCUUCCUUUUUCAAGCUCUCAGGACUCCCUAAUAUGGUCAUCAGAGCACUGGUUGAGAGCACGGAAGCCCCGCCCACUUGUUGUUCAAACCUGUUUGCAAAACACAGCCAGUCACAAAAAAGCUGAAGUACAUAAAUAUAAUUUAAUAAGCAGUGUGUCCAUGUUCAUCCAGGUCAGUGUGUAUUUUGGGAGUUGUUCCCAUAAUAAAUCUAAAUCUUCUGAAACUAUUUAUAAUAUUUCUCCAUCGUUUCUUUACACUGUGUGCAACAGAUCAGAGAAAACCAACACUGUACAUGCUGCUGUAAAAAGAAUAUGAGCCGCUAACAUGUUAAGGUGUUUGAAACAGAAAGAUUUUCCUGGUAGCUAGCACCAACAGCUGUAGAACAUCUGUCCAGGUAUUUCAUAAAUACUCAAACUGUAAAAUAUGAACAUUGUCUACAGACGAAUCACAUUGUGAAAUUGUUUCUUCUCUGAGUGUCUCCCUGCAUGCAGUGCAGGGUAACGCUUCUGUCAGUCAGACACAGCACUGACGUCUGCAUUAGAGUGUCAGUUAGAUCCUUAGCAACACCAAGAUCUGCACAGAUGCUUUGUGUUACAACAUUACACAACUUCCCAUUGAUACAAACCAGCUCCAUAACAGGAAACGUUAGCGGCUUCUUCAAACCAUAAACAGAACCCUUCAGUUUGAAUUUGAUUCUAUUCUAUUUAAAAAAAA